UGGGCAGGAGGAGGCAGAGCAGCAGGAGAGCAAACAUUGGAAGAUCUACAGGCCAUGCAGGUCCCUGCCCUGACCCUGGUCACUCUCCUGGCCCUGUUGUUCCCAGCCCAGCCCUGCCCCUCAGAGAUGAACAAGGUCAAGGACCUCCUGGAGGUGAACUGCACAGGGAAGGCUCUCAGGGCAGUGCCCCCAGACCUGCCUACAGAUACAGGCAUCCUACUUCUCAGCAACAAUUACCUGGAGUCCCUCUCCACUGCUGCCUUUCUGCCCCUCACCCAGCUUCAGGACAUUGACCUGGCCAACAAUGGGCUGGUGGCUCUGCACACGGGGGCCCUGCUGCCGUCCCUGAAGGACCUGACCCUCUCCCACAAUGCACUGGCAGCCCUACCCAUCCUGGAGGGCCUUCCUGCGCUCACCCACCUGGCUGUGGCCCACAACAGCCUGGAGACACUGGCCCCGGGGGCUUUCCGCACAGUGCCACAGCUGCAGAAUCUGGACUUGAGAGGGAACAAGAUGCAGCAGCUGCCCUGGGAGGCCUUUGCAGGGCUGACGGCACUCAAGGAGUUGGACCUCUCAGACAACCUCCUGAAAGAGCUACCCAAGGAGUUGCUGCAGGACCUGAAAAAGUUGGAGACCCUCUGGCUCUCAGGAAACCAGCUGCAGACCCUGCCCACUGACUUUUUCCCAAAGGGGCGUCUCUUCAUGUAUGUUUUCCUCACUGAGAACCCCUGGAAUUGCAACUGUGACCUGCACUACCUCCAGACCUGGAUCCAAAAGAAUGCUGACAUUGUUUAUCAGCCAGAGCGGGGCCUGGAGGAAACAAAGGUGGAGGUUGCACCUGAGAAGGUACUGUGCCACAGCCCUACUGAGCAUAGGGAGAAGCCCAUCAUUCACUUCAAGCUUAACUGCAGCAUUGUGGAGGAUGCAGAUGAGGAAGGAGGGGAUGAAUACAAUUAUGAGGAAGAAACAACAGAGAAAGCCACCGUGACCACCUUCCCCCCACAUGGAUUCAUCCCCAAAGAGGACACUACCAUGCCCUGUGCUGUUACCUCAUCUUGCCUUCCUACCCUCACUACCACAGGAUCUCCCCUCACCAGACCUUCCUUCAGCACCCCUUGUACCUCCACCCUUUCCCCAAGCACUUUGCUUGUAAUGCUGACAAGCAUCAGAGCUCCCAGCACCACCACUCCUGUACCAGCCAGUCCCACCAUGAUAUUCUCACAGAACCCUAGCACUGCUACCAUUCUCACUGCUGCUACCACCAUCACCCUGCACAGACCUGCCACCUCGCUGCCAACAGCGAUAAGCAGGAGCCCUUCUAGCACCAGUGGCCAUCCUCAAAUCACUCUUGCUGCCAGCACUAUCUAUGGUAGUCUCAUGGGGUCCACUGGCACAUUUCUCACUACUUCCACAGCAGUGCCUUCUACUGCCAUGCUAGAAGCUUCUUCUAUUGUCAGAUCUCCAUCUCCUCCUCCGAUGCUGGCCAACACCACGCUUUCCACUCAUGCCACAACAAUACCACCUCCCCUGGACACCACACAUUUCACCCAGUCUGCAUGCUCCCCCCUACCUGCUCCUCCUUCCCUCUGCCCUUGCUCCAUCCCAGGAUGGGCUGUACCUGUGCUGCGUUUGCAGGCAGGUGGGGAGGGUCCACAGUGGGGGCAGUGGGUGCUGAGGCACUGCUGCCUGUUACACUGGGUGCUCUACCAGGCUUCCUUGUUUGUGCUGGUCCUGACCAUGCUGGCUCUAGCAGGUUGGAUGGCAUGGAUGUGUCUGGUGGGAAAACCCUCCUGGCACCAGUCCUUGCAGACCCAAGAGGUGCGAUAUCCACUGCAGGAAUGGAGGGAGUCAACAGGAAACCCUAUGAUACAUCUCAGCAGUUUCAAAAUACCCCUCCAGCAACCCACAUUCUGUACAAUCAAGGAAGUGGACUUGUGCCCUGAGGUUACCUACUGCACAAUUAAAGAUCUGGGGAUACAGCACAGUCCUCCUGCAAGUUACUCUUUCUGCACUACAAAGGAACUGUGGGUUCACCACAGUCCUCUGCACACAUCAGUCAAGCCUUUUUCCAGGAAGCUGAUGGUCACAGACCUUGGCUUCCCGAGGACCCCAUCUGCUUACAGCCUAGACACAGGUGUCGAGGCCAUUGGUGAUGUCAGAGUGAAAUAUGCAGGUAACACCAUGUAAAUGAUUCUGUACACCCAGAGAAAGAGAUUGACAGUCAUGGUUCUGCUUUAUAUGCUUUGUUUUACAAGGGAAAGAUCUACUUGCCUAGGGGGAAGCCAUCCAGCUCCUUCCUCUAGUACUCUCAAACAGCCUGAGGUUUCCAGAGCUAAAAUAAUUACUUGGGUAUUUGUCAGAGGAAAAUAAUAUCCUAAACUGGUCAGUGAUAGUCUGGGGCUGUCACUGCCACAGACUGGUUUUGGGGUAAGUGAGGGCAAGCAGAAUUUACAUUGUGCUAUGUUGCAACUGCUUCUGUUCAAAUUAUGCACACAAAGAUGCA